CCUGGACACGUCCUUCCACAUGGACGGCAUGAACCUCUUUGCUCGGCCCGACGCCACGAUCCCGACGGUCGCUCGCCCCGACGCCACGAUCCCGACGGGUGUGCCAGUUGCCGUCGCCGAGUCUGUCUCGACGGCUGCAGACGUCACCGCGAUGCCGCAGCUCCAGCUGCACGUUACGGCGGAGAAGGGUGCCGUCGCGGCCAGCGCCGAGCGCAUGCUCGCCAUGUGCUCGAUCAAGGCUCCGCCCGCGCUGGACGAUGUCAAGCGCCCCCCGAUCGAUCUUGUCGCAUGCAUCGACCGCAGCGGCAGCAUGCACGGCGAGAAGAUGUCGCUAAUGAAGAAAACGCUCGAGCUGCUCGUCAAGCGCGCAGGGCUCAAGGGCGACGACCGCAUCUCGCUCGUGACCUUCGACAGCAACAUCAGGCUCGACCUUCCUCUCACGUCGAUGGACGAGUCCGGCCGCAACAAGGCUGACGGCGUGAUCAAGGGACUGCACCCGGGCUCGACGACCAACCUCUCCGGUGGCGCGCUGCAGGCGAUCGAAGUGCUCGAGCGCUCGGGCGCAAGCAAGGAGGGCCGCACCCGCGCAGUAAUGCUCUUUACGGACGGCAUGGCCAACGAAGGUCUCCGCGACCCCGCGCAGCUCACGCGCGCCGUCGCCGGCGCGAUCGCCACGGCGUCGGCCAAGUGCGGCGGGCCGAUCUCGCUGUACACCUUCGGCUUCGGCGCCGACCACAACGAGGCCUGCCUGCGCAAUCUCGCGACCGGCUCGGGCUCGAGCGGCCUCUACUACUACAUCAAGACGCCCGAUGACAUCCCGACCGCCUUCGCCGACGCGCUCGGCGGGCUGACGAGCGUCGUAGCGCAGAACGUCAAGCUGAGCCUCGAUGCGGUCGGCACGGGCGCGUACACGUCGGGCGCGAAGCGCAAGGCCGCGCUCAAGUCCUCGUGGGCCUCCUCGUUCAAGAGCGGCAUCAACGAGAACGACUCGGACUCGGACUGAGAUCGAGUCACGAGUGUUGGUGCGGACGAGCCAUGCCACGGCGUCUCUAGCAGGCUCCUGUCUGCGCUCCUCGACACAUGGUCGGCGCCGAUGCCGCGUAAGAUCUCGCGCACUGAGAGCUGCUUCCAGAUUAGAUUGAAUGGAUAUACCCGACUAUUUGAGCCGUGUAUCUUGAGACUCGACUAGUGUCUGUACAGUGCUCAGUGGAGUGCGCAUGGUGCAUGACUGCUCACUCUACACGCCGGGGUUGUUGUAGCGCCGGUGCUGUGAGGGGCACUACCGUAGGUCAUGGCCAUAGCCUUGAGAAAGGGGGAUCGCGCCUCCCAAGUACAAAAAACAAGAGUGGAGGACUGUGCAUCUCGCACAUCUUGAUGAAGCUAAGAGAGAA